GGGCGGUCCCUGAGGCCGCGGAGGUCGCUCGCGUCCGUUGAACGGCCCGAGGAGGUCUUGCUGCCGUGGGUAGGGGUUUAAAAUCGUUCUAGAGGGGAACGUCUCUGUCCGAAGAGAAAAUGAGUUUAGCUCUGAGAAGUGAGCUUGUAGUAGACAAAACAAAGAGGAAAAAAAGAAGAGAACUGUCUGAGGAACAGAAACAAGAAAUUAAAGAUGCUUUUGAACUGUUUGAUACAGACAAAGAUGAAGCAAUAGAUUAUCACGAAUUAAAGGUGGCAAUGAGAGCCUUGGGGUUUGAUGUAAAAAAAGCUGAUGUACUGAAGAUUCUUAAAGAUUAUGACAGAGAAGCCACAGGGAAAAUCACCUUUGAAGAUUUUAAUGAAGUUGUGACAGACUGGAUAUUGGAAAGAGAUCCGCAUGAAGAAAUACUGAAGGCAUUUAAACUAUUUGAUGAUGAUGAUUCGGGUAAAAUAAGCUUAAGGAAUUUGCGACGCGUUGCUAGAGAAUUGGGUGAAAACAUGAGUGAUGAAGAACUUCGAGCAAUGAUAGAAGAAUUUGAUAAAGAUGGUGAUGGAGAAAUUGUUAAGAACACAUUCUUGCUUCCUGUUCGGUCUAGAUGCCUCAGUCUAGAUUUCCUAGAUCUAAAAUUCUUCAAUGAAGUAAAUCAAGAGGAGUUCAUUGCUAUUAUGACUGGUGACAUUUAAAGAAUUACAAGGAUAAACACGAAGAACAUGGCAGUUACCAUCUUAUAUUCUAUUUUUGUGCCUGAGCCAUGUAAAAAAAGAAACCAACCCAGUUCUUUUUUCCAAAAGGACCAAAAAUAAGCAUCUUAUGUAUUUGUAUUUUACUACUGAUAAGUUUCUUUGUAAGAACCAUGUUGUUAGUACCCAAAUAGUUUAGCUUUGUAUUUAUAAUACAGCUUUUAUAUAAAGUUUUUAAAAAUCAAAAUCAUGUGAUAUGUGUUCUUUGAAGGUUUUUUAUUUAAUGUUGUUAGUCACUUUUAUUUUGGUGCACAUAUUUUUCAGACUUUCAUUAAUAAAGUGUUUAUUUUAUUAGUAUUUUAAA